CACUGAUUCAGUACCAGACGGCAGCCAUGACACUUGUCCUCAGCAUCCUUGUGUGCUCCUCGCUUCUGCCAGCUUUGACUGCGGCAGGUACCGUGUACACACGUUGGGGAAACAGUGGGUGUGGUUCUGCAGCAGCGACUGUGUAUUCAGGUUAUAUGGGGGGCAGUGUUUACACCUCACCCGGAUCUGGAGCCAACUACCUGUGUCUACCACCCAAUCCCGUAGCCACUGACGUAGCAAGACCUGCCUACGUCUCUUCUCUGUACGGCACCGAAUACGAAGUGACAUCACGUGCAGAGAACGACUUUGAUGCUCUGUGUGCCGUGUGCUUCAUCAACAACCUUACAGCCAACAUCAUGAUACCCGGCACCAACAAGUGUCCGACUGGGUGGAGCUCCGAGUACACGGGUUUUCUAAUGAGUGGGUACGACGGACACGCCGGGUCAACGGAGUUCAUCUGUGUUGACAGCAAACUGGAAGGCCGCAUCGCCUCAAGUGCUAACCUCAACGGCAGGCUGCUGUACUACACGGUUGGCAUCUGUGGCAGUCUACCCUGUCCUCCCUACGUCAACAACAACAUCCUGCAAUGCGUUGUUUGCACCAAGUGAGAGUCCAUCGUUCUGUCCCAGCAAUCAAACAAAACCUCUUCAGUGCCUUCUCUUCCGACGUAAUAGUAUGAAAGAUCAAUUAUAACUUUCAUAUCGAAGUUUUUAUUAAUUUGUUGUUUGUUUGUAAAGUUAGGUUAAAAUACCUUUGGUUUAGAAAAAGCAUAGAAAAUUGUCUGUAUCCGAAGACAUUUUCAAUUGUAUGAAGUUUCACCUUCUGUGUAUACCGUCUUUUCUGAAAAUAUAACAAUUU